CACACACACACACACACACACACACACACACAGAGAGAGAGAGCAGUAGCGGGAGCGGCGUCAAACGAAGCCCUCCGUCAGUGCACAACUGUUAAUACCGCCGCUAAAACAAGCGUCCGGAACAGCGCGUGCUCACCUCGCCAGCCGCAAGCACCGGAUGUGAAACACACACACACACACACACACACACACACGGGCAGAGAGGGACAUGGGCGACAGCUGCAGGACUGGAGAGACCCGAGUAUUGACAGCAGCGCCGGGUGAAGGCGACCGAUGAAGAUGAAGAUCUCUUCGUCUCUUCAUCUCGCUGUUUAACCCCAUCCUGUCCGGAGAUGAUGAAAGAGAGAGUCCGUCCAGGUGAAGCUCUAACAUCAUGUUUGGUCAGUUCCGUGUGUCCUGGACCUUCUGCUGGUGUUGUGAUGACAGACCAAAGCUGUGGGACUGGUCAAACGUGUAUUAGUAUACCCUGAAGCCACGUCAUCGUACCCAUCACUAAAACCUGUAACGUUACCGUGUUCUUCAGCUCGAGCUCACGAGGAUCCGGCGAGUGAGUCUGUGCGCUUCUUUAGGAAUCGUUGUGCAUUUUACUCACUGCGGUCCCUUGUGUGGUGUCACUGGACCAUGGUUCGCAAAAAAGGAUCUCUUAUUUUGUGUGGAGCGUUUCUAUUUGUCGCCUGGAAUGCCUUGCUCCUCCUCUUCUUAUGGGGGAGGCCUCCCAUUGGCCGACUUGGGGAGGGAGGCGGAGCUGAACCAGGGGCCGGAGAGGAGUGGGGAGGUGGAAAAUCAAAAGUGGGCGGAGCUAACGAAUUGGCCGGCGAAGUGAUCAGAUUGGCCGAAGAAGUAGAAUCAGAACUGGAUACUCAGAAGAAGCUUCUCAAACAGAUUCAGAGUCACAGGGAAUUAUGGGAACAGCAGAAAGAACAGGGAAAGAGGGAAUCUGAGGACACAAAAGAUGAAAAGAACGUAGAGGAGCCUAAAAAACCUGCAAUACCUGAAAGUCACAAGAUUGUAGAAGAAGUUCUAAUGGUUACGCCACCUCAGCUGAUCAUAAAAGAGCAGCAACAAGAGGACAAGAAAAUGGCAGAAAAUGAAGAAGGCCGUACUAAGCCAAGUCCUCAGAUCAUUAUCCCAAUUCUCGUCAUUGCCUGUGACAGAGUAACUGUGAAGAGAAGUUUAGAUAAACUCAUACAGUACCGCCCUUCUGCUGAGCUUUACCCAAUCAUUGUCAGCCAGGACUGUGGUCACGCAGAUACUGCAAGGAUGAUUGGCUCCUACGGCAGUCAGAUAACCCACAUCAGCCAACCGGAUCUCGCAGACAUUCCAGUGCGACCCGAUCACAGGAAGUUCCAGGGCUACUACAAGAUCGCCAGACACUACCGUUGGGCCCUCAACCAAGUGUUCAACGUCUUUGCUUACUCCACAGUGGUCAUUGUGGAGGAUGACCUGGAGGUAGCCCCUGACUUUUUCGAGUAUUUCCGUGCGCUCUACCCUAUCUUGCGAUCGGAUCCGACUCUGUGGUGCAUUUCCGCCUGGAACGACAAUGGACGGGAUGGGUUGGUCGACCCGGGCAAGGCUGACCUCCUUUACAGGACAGAUUUCUUUCCCGGCCUCGGAUGGAUGCUUCUGAAGGAAGUCUGGGCAGAGCUGGAGCCCAAGUGGCCCAAGGCAUUCUGGGAUGACUGGAUGCGGCACCCAGAGCAGAGGAAGGACCGCUCAUGCAUUCGUCCCGAGAUCUCAAGGACUAUAACGUUCGGCCGGAAAGGUGUCAGUUUGGGGCAAUUUUUCGACCAGUAUCUGCGCUACAUAAAACUCAAUACUGAAUUUGUGCCUUUCACUAAAGCGGACUUGUCCUACUUGGUCAGGGAGAAGUACGAUGAAACCUUUGAAAAGGAAGUGUAUAGCGCCCCCUUGGUGAAGGUGGAGGAACUACAGCAAGGUGGAAGCCUGAAGGGCUCCGGGCCGUAUCGAGUUCAGUACUCCAGCAGAGACAACUUUAAAGUCCUGGCCCGCAACCUGGGAGUUAUGGACGACUUGAAGUCAGGGGUUCCCCGUGCCGGUUACAGGGGCGUAGUCAGCUUUAUUUCCCGCGGACGAAGAAUUUAUCUGGCUCCCCCUGAGGGCUGGACUAAAUAUGACACCAGCUGGAGCUGAGGAGGAUGAGCUUUAAACCACAAAAGACCAGAAAGAGAAAACUCACAAAUGUUAUUACAAGUACAGGAGCAGAGAAACGCCCUCUCAAACCAAAGAAAACAGAGGCAGGGUGUGAAAGGUUGAGGGAAGGUUAACACUAAGAUGAAAGUAUAAAAUACCUGCUGUUUUGUUAGGGAGGAACGCCCAGGAAUGCUGGGAACAGCACAAAAGUUGGUGCAUCGUAUAUACGCAGCAAUCACGCAACAAUCUUCCCUCAGAGUUAUGCUGCAAACAGCUCCUAUGCAGAAUCACUCAUUCUGACAUGGAGAAAAAUGAUCUGAUUGUUUAUUUUUCCUUAUUUGAACGUACUGACCUUCAAGUUGAUUUCACAUCAAUCCAAAAGGAAUUUAAGGUUUUAUAUUUUAUCCUACCGCAGUGUCUUUUGGAUGAAUCUCACAAUAACAGUCAAAGGAAGAAAUUAUAUUUGCAUAUAUGCAAAAAAAAAAAAUGACAAUUUGACAUUUUCAUUGCAAACGCAUUUAUUAUCUUUCUAAAGAAUCUGGCCAUUUUUUUUUUCAUUAUUCUGUGAUGAUUUUAAUUAAAACUGAAAUUACCGAAUAAUUAAUAUAUAUUAUUACUGUAAUAAUAUUAUAUAUAUAAUUAAUUAUAGUUUUAUUAUUAUUAUGUGCUUAAUUUUAAUACAUUUUUUGCUUACGAUCUGACCAAUCUGAGUGUUAAAAGCCCUUUUGAAACCCUUUUGCAAAGUCUUAUGGGUCCCUGAGAUCAUUAUAAAUGAAGAUUGUGUAUAACUGUUGUCUAAUUUGAUCGAUGCAUUCGUAUAAAAGCGCAGACUCGUUCAUUUGACAAUUAUGUAGCACCUUUGAAUCUAUGAAGUUCAAGCUUGUUGCCAGAAAUGAUUCAUGGCUUGUGUAACUGACAUACCAAAACUCUGGAGCGCAUCUCUUCUGUGCCAUUCUGUUGAAGUACUGUACUUGAACCUGUUUUUGUUUUAGCUGCUCUUCCUGGACCGGGAGAGCUCUCAUUGCUUUUUAAGGAUGUUGUAGGUUUGUUGCAAAACCAGUGGUCAUAGAAAUCGCUUUAUAUGUUUUUACGAAUGAAAUGAAUGGAUUUCAGUAGGCCAGAGGAAACAUUUUAAUGAAAUGUACUGUAUCUAAAUGUUUGGGAGAGAAAUGAUCUGAUAUUGAUGCUGCUUAUGCGGUAUGAAGAAGUGUGAAACCACUGCCUGACAUGUUUAUAACUUUAAUACAUUGAGAAUAAAACAGACUAUUUUGA